CCUUAGGCUGCAGGUGGUUGAGCUUCUCUACGGCGGCCAGGGAGGCGACGAACACGGCGGGCUGGCAGUGCCGGGUGCGGUCCAGCUCGGCCCGCGGCCCCUCCAGGCAGAGCGAAAGCAGGUCGUAGCCCAGCACCUUCUCGGCCAGGCGGUACAUGUCCCGCACGCCGGGGUAGCGCAGCAGCCCGCGGCCCAUCCCCACGAACUGGCUGCCCUGCCCGGGGAACAGCAGCACUGUGCCCUCCCGCGGAGACCGCUGCUCCCGCCUCCCCCCCGCCGCCUCUCCCUCGCCCGGCUCCUCGUCCCCCACCGAGCUCUGCAGCAGCUCGCUCAGGCUCGCCGCCCGUUCCCCACCGCCUCGGAGCGAGCUGCCCCGCCGCCGCGCUGCGUCGCGCAGGACGCCGCGCCCGCUGCAGCCAGCGAGCCGCCAUGUUGUCGCGGCCCGGCUGCCCAUGGCCACCGCCCGCGUUGCCCCGGGAACCGAGCGGCCCCGCCGCCCACUGCUCGACCUGCGCCGCGCCGUUCCGCGGCCCCUCCUCGGGGCGGGCCCCGCUAGCGGGUGGGCCCUCGUUGCAGAGGCGGCGGUGGCGGCGCGAGAGCGGAGCGGAGCAGAGCAGAGAUUCAGUCUCAAUGGAAGUGGUACCAGCCUGGGCCUCAGCUGUUGGCUUCACACUCCUGCCCCAUGCAGGAGGAGUUUUAGGAAGCAAGAUAACCAGAAAGGAAAUCCCAGUGUGGUAUGAAUCUCUGCAGAAGCCAUCCUGGUGUCCCCCUAACUGUGUGUUUGCUCCAGUUUGGGGAGCCCUCUAUACAUCUAUGGGAUACAGCUCCUACCUGGUAUGGAAGGAACUGGGGGGCUUCAGUGAGAAGGCGGUGGUUCCUCUGGGCUUGUAUGCAGGGCAGCUGGCAUUAAACUGGGCAUGGACUCCCAUAUUUUUUGGAGCUCACAAAAUGGGAUGGGGGCUGGUGACUCUCCUGCUCACAACUGGUACAGCAGCAGCUACCACUGCUUCCUGGUAUCACAUCAACAGAACAGCCGCUUAUUUGAUGGUUCCAUAUUUAGCUUGGCUAACCAUGGCUUCUACGCUCAAUUACCGCAUCUGGAAAGACAACCGCAACAAGAAAUCUGAAUAAACAGCAUUCGGCCCCAAAUAUUUUUGGUUUUGCUCCAAGAAUUUUCUAAAGAAAUGUAUGCCUUACUUACUAUUAUUUUUAGCUGAACUAUUUACACUAUGCUAUCAUUUGACACUGCAAUCCUUGUUUUAAACAAACAUGACUCGAGUAGGCAAGUCUCAAAGGUUGCACGAAGUUUCACAGCAGAUUAAAUGAUAGCGGACAUUGGAAGGUACUGGUUUUCAGUCCUGCAGUAUCAUGUUGUAUGUGACAAGCAGCAUUUUAACUACUGCCAGAAAUAAGCACUAACUGCAACUUCAUUCAGAGGAAGAAAUCCAGCUUUUAGAAAGCUGCUCCCUGCAGUCGCAAGCUGUGGUCUGAAUCAAUCAUGCUUACCACUAAGCACGGUGCUUUAUGGUCUCACUGCAGCUGCCAUGUCUUCUGAUUGCUGUACUCUGCGAACGAUUAAGACCAGAUCAUUCUCAUAAUUUGUGCCAUCCCGCUUGGAAGCGCUGUACAGUCUUAAGUGUCAGACAGACAUAUUAAACUGCAUGUAAACUUA